AUGACUGUCCACGGCAGUUGGCUGGCUGACCUGCUGGCUGCUAGACAGCGCCACAGGCCAAAGCCUCGGAUCGAUAAUCCGCCAUUACGAACCCGGAUCGGUGGGCUUGUGUAUUUUCUUAUCAGCUUAUUUUGUUUAUUCUUUGACGAGUGUCGACCACAGGGUAAUAUUGUGUCGACUGGUGAUUGGAGAGAGGAGAGGCUAUGUGAGAUCACUGAGAUGACUAUGAGUGUUUGCCGUGUUUGA